AUUGCACCUCUGUUUCGCCCAAACGUGGCCUUACGCUCCUUUUCCUCCAUAUCUAAGAUCAACGUUCUUUCAUAUUUAAACUCGUCCAUAUCUUGACUCAAUUACCGUAGUCUAUUUCAAAAAUGAGACUUCAGUCCUUUAUCGUUCUUGCGGCCCAGAUUUCGUGGUUCGUCAUCGCCCAGUCAUGGGAUGUCGAGCCGCCUUCCACCGCAGAUCCAAGUACACCGUCAGACUGCACUUGGUGGCAUGUUGCCCAAAUUUCCGAGACUUGUGAGAUAAUUGCAACGUCUUACGGCAUUGAAACAUCAGAAUUUACCUCAUACAACCCCUCACUUGCCACGGCUUGUGAGCUUGUGACUGGAAACUCAUAUUGCCUGGAGAGAAACUGGGGGAUUCCUCCCGAAGUGCCUGUUACUACUAGUACCAGUGCCGCUUCUACACCCACCAGCGAUCCCGGUAAUGGAGUUGUUACGCCGACUCCAAUCCAGGAUAGCAUGACGAAGGACUGCAAUAAGUUCUAUUUUGUAAAGUCCGGAGACGGAUGUGCAAACAUUGCCAGCAGCAAUGGCAUUGCUCUGACAGACUUCUACAGUUGGAACCCAUCAGUUGGGAGCACAUGCGCCGGUCUCUGGGCUGAUGUGUAUGUCUGCGUCAGUAUUGUUGGCGGUGGAACCGUCACGACCCAGCCCCCAGCGACGACAACCGCUCCUGGCAACGGAAUUUCUACGCCGACCCCAAUCCAAAACGGAGACGGGUGUGCUGCCAUCGCCAGCAGUAACAGCAUCGCCCUCUCCGACUUCUACUCCUGGAACCCGACUGUCGGUGAUACCUGCGGAGGACUUUGGGCUAAUGUCUACGUUUGCAUUGGCGUAAUUGGCAGCAGCGGUCCUACAACUACGACCUCACCGGCAUCAACUACGACAGCUGGAAACGGUAUAUCUACCCCUACGCCCAUCCAAGAGGGUGUGGUAGACAACUGCAACCGCUUCUACAUGGUGAAGACUGGAGAUGGCUGUGCUUCUGUCGCUUCCGCCAACGGCAUCUCGCUGUCCGACUUUUAUAAGUGGAAUCCCGCCGUGGGUGACGCUUGCGCAGGCCUCUGGGCUAACGUCUACGUCUGCGUCCGUGUGAUCGGGUACACAUCCCCAGUCACCACGACGACGCCUCUGCCUACCACGACUACGGCACCAGGCAACGGUAUCAGCACCCCAACGCCAAUUCAAGAAGGCAUGGUCGGUAACUGUAACAAGUUCUAUAAAGUCAAGAGCGGGGAUGGUUGUGCAGCAAUUGCUUCCAGUACCGGGAUCGCUCUCGCAGACCUGUACACGUGGAAUCCGGCCGUCGGCAACACGUGCGCCAGCUUGUGGCUAGACACCUAUAUCUGUGUUGGCGUCGUUGGCUCAACACCUACCACUACUCUGGCAACAAGUACCAGAGCUGGCAACGGUGUUGCGACGCCCACGCCUAUUCAGGAAGGCAUGACCAAUAGCUGCAAGACAUUCCAUCUCGUCGUCGCUGGAGACACGUGCUACGACAUUGCGGCCAAAGCGGGUAUUGCACUGAGCAACUUCUACGCCUGGAAUCCAGCAGUCGGCAGCAGUUGCGCAGGACUUUGGGGACAGUACUAUGUCUGCAUCGCUGUACUCUGA